GCGUAACACAGCAGCGGAUACGCGUGCGCACACUUUCCAACAAGACACCACAAGACACCACCACACAACACCCACCAUAACAGUCAGCCAGAGAUGACGGACAAGGUUGAGGAUGUCGGCGCUGCCGUUGAGCAGCAGUUGAAGGUGGAGGAGAGGCCUGUGGAUGCCACGGUAGCAAACAAGGUCGCUGAUGCUUCCGAGAAGAAGCCAAAGAAGGAGGGCAAGAAGAAGAAGAAGAACCAGUUUCUUCUCAAGACACCAAAGGGGACGCGCGAUUACGGUCCAGAGAAGAUGUACAUUCGCAACAAGGUGUUUGACACCAUUGUUUCUGUGUUCAAGAAGCACGGCGCUGUCAGCAUUGAAACCCCUGUCAUGGAGCUCAAGGACAUUCUCACCGGCAAGUACGGCGAGGACAGCAAGCUCAUCUACGAUCUUGCGGACCAAGGCGGGGAGGAGCUUGCCCUGCGCUAUGAUCUCACCGUCCCCUUUGCUCGUUUCGUCGCACAGAACGGCAUCAAGCACAUCAAGAGGUAUCACAUCGCGCGCGUGUACCGCCGCGACAACCCCAAGAUGGAGAGCGGCCGAUACCGCGAGUUCUACCAAUGCGUAAGCUCCUCCUCGUCCUGCUGCCGUUGUGAGUGGCAAACGCGACCGUUUGAGCGAUCACGGGUGCAGGACGGGCAAAUCCCCGUGAACCAGCACGGCAACGUUGAGUUGUUCCAUCCAGCCAUGCUUCCCAUUGGCGCCGUGCACAUGGCCGACCGCCCAGGCAUCGCAAAAGUUGCGCGGCAGCUUGGGGUGGAGUAUGCGGAUGCCGUGGUUGGCUUUGAGUUCAGCAGUGGCCGCACUGUUCCCAAGAAGAACGGCAUUGUUGUGGCAGAGCACGCUGCGCCGCUGUUGGAAGAAGCGUGGGUGGCAACCCAACAGCACAAGCUACAACAGCAGGUGGAAGCGCGGCAGCAGCGCAUCGUGUCCUUGUGGGAGCGGCUCGUUCGCAGAGCACUCAUCAAGGCGGACUUGGACGCACGGGAGGAGCUGGCGAAGCGCGCAGCAAGCGGUUGGGAUGGCGAUGGGUCGACAGUUCAUUUUUCCAGAUUCGCGAGCCAAUCCGAAGACCAAGGCAACCUCAGCUACAGCUACAACAAGCGACCAAACCAACACUUCUUCACCUUCUUCAUCUUUUGA